CAUGCUAUUAUCUAUGGUUCUAUGCCUGUGCUGUUGCUGGUUGACUGGGUUUGUUCGGUUUUCUGUUUAUGAAUGAAUUUCGUACUCAGUUUAUUGUAUGGAUUAUAUAAAUAGGACUAAUAAAUCUAACAAUAUUAACAAUAACGUGUUGUAAUCAAAUAUAAACAUUUGUGGUGAUUUUACAUAAUGGCACAACAAAAUUCUGUAAGUCAUCCUAUUAUUACUACAAACCCGGAAACUUUAAUUCCACCUCCUGAAUUUUGUUCAACAUCACUCCCAAAUUUACCGAAUGUUCAACAGCCACCACCUUUAUUAUUACCCCCGAACAUUCAACCUAAUUCUGGAAAUGAUAAACAGCUUCCAUCAUUACUAUCACUUAAAGUUGAUCCACCAGAUCAGUUAAUAGAAAAAACUGAUUCUGAAGAAGUGGUCUUACCACAAGCAUUAGAACAAGUGCUUGCUUUAAAAGAUCGUCGUGAAACUGAAUUGGGAUCAGUAGAAGUUGAAAAUGAAAUCCAAGAACAGCCACAAGAUAUUACUGAAGUUGAAGUUGACUCUAGUGUAUCAAAAGUGUCCUGGGGAAAAGAAGAGAAGCUCCAUACCCCUGAAGACACAGAUAAAACCAAUACAACAGUUAAAGAAAAGAAAACUAAACUAAGUAAAAAUAAAAAGAAAAAGAGAAAUAAAAAUAAGAAACGAAGUAAUGCUCAAAAUGAAAAAGCAAGUGAGACUGAUGGGAAUGAUAAUUCAGUUACCCAAGCUGAUGAGUCUAAUGUUGAAAUAGAGUAUAUACAGGAAAGUUUGAGAUUGCAUGAACUUGCACCUCAGUAUCGACAAUUUUUUCAUAUAUUUGAAGCAUUUAAAAUUUCUGACCCUAUUCCUGAUAUUGCACCACCGCAGCUGAUAACACCUACUCUUUCAGGCACAAAAACUUCUUCUGUUACUGGAGACCAGUUUCAGGAUGAAGCAGAUGAAAAUGAAGAAAAAGUUAAAGAAGAUAAAACAAAAAUGUCAAAACGUAAAUUAAAAAAACUUACUAGAUUAAGUGUAGCAGAAUUAAAACAGCUUGUUACAAGACCUGAUGUAGUUGAAAUGCAUGAUAUAACUGCCAGAGAUCCUAAACUUUUGGUGCAAUUAAAAGCUCAUCGUAAUACUGUUCAAGUACCACGGCAUUGGUGUUUUAAACGUAAAUAUUUACAAGGUAAAAGAGGCAUUGAAAAGCCCCCUUUCAACUUACCAGAUUUUAUUAAGAAAACAGGAAUUAUGGAAAUGAGAGCUUCUCUCCAAGACAAGGAUGAAUCAAAAACUUUAAAAGCAAAAAUGAGAGAAAGAGCUCGACCCAAAUUAGGUAAAAUUGAUAUUGAUUAUCAGAAACUUCAUGAUGCAUUUUUCAAAUGGCAGACAAAGCCAAAAAUGACUAUUCAUGGAGAUCUUUACUAUGAAGGAAAAGAAUUUGAAACUCGUUUAAAAGAAAAGAAACCUGGAGACUUAUCUGAGGAACUUCGUACUGCAUUAGGAAUGCCCAUUGGGCCCAAUGCUCAUAAAGUUCCUCCUCCAUGGCUUAUUGCCAUGCAACGUUAUGGUCCUCCUCCUAGUUAUCCAAAUCUUAAGAUUCCAGGAUUGAAUGCACCAAUUCCAGAAGGUUGCUCAUUUGGUUAUCAUGCUGGAGGGUGGGGUAAACCACCAGUUGAUGAGGGUGGAAAACCUCUUUAUGGGGACGUUUUUGGAACUAAUCAGAUCAACAUUGAUGAUGCAGGAGAAGACAUUAAUAUAGAUCGUUCUUUAUGGGGUGAAUUAGAAUCGGAAUCAGAAGAGGAAAGUGAAGAGGAAGAUGAAGAAGGGGAAGAAUUACAACAACCAACUGAUGAAACUGGACUUGUUACCCCUGCAGAAGGUUUGGUUACACCUAGUGGACUUACAAGUAUUCCUGCUGGAAUGGAGACACCUGAGGCCAUUGAGUUAAGGAAGAAAAAAAUUGAAAACGAGAUGGAGGGUACAGAAACGCCCGUUUUAUAUCAUGUUAUACCAGAGAAAAGAAAUGAACGUAUUGGUGGUGCCAUGAUGGCCAGUAGUCACGUGUAUGACAUGACUGGAGUAGGAGCUCCUCCACCAGCUGUUAUUUCUGCUAAAAGAGGAGGUACAUCGGCAGUGGAACAACGUGAGGGUAUGGUGGAACUUGCGCUGGACCCAUCAGAACUUGAAAUGGAUAGUGAUGCAAUGGCUGCACGUUAUGAACAACAAAUGCGUGAGAAUCAAUCCCAACUUCAAAAAGAAGAUCUCAGUGACAUGUUAGCAGAACAUGUUGCGAAGCAGAAAAGUAAAAGAAAGCGUCAAACAAUGGAUACUAAACAAAGUAAAAAGUAUAAAGAAUUUAAGUUUUAAUCCAUACAUUUUUUUAUCAUUAAUUCAGCAUUCAGUGUAUUAAGUGUAACAAUAAAAAAGUUCACUGUUGUUAUUAUUUAUGAUUUUGUUGUGUGAAUGUAAUAGAAUAUAACAACUGAUGUAACAAAAUAAAAAUUUAUUUAAUACUUAUAACGUAAAACAAGCAUUAUUUAAAAUAUAUAAUUAACACAG